UUUUUUUUUUUUUUUUGCCUUUGCACAGCGGUGGAUUGCUUUGAUGCCGCUUCAUUUUUCGCUUGACUGGAAAUAAGUCAGGAUACAGCGGCAUUGGGUUACAUCUUGGGACAGCAGGUGCUGAGAGCCUCACGGCGAUUUUAGACGGCGGGAUUUCCAUUCUUGAGCAUCAAGGGCUGAGACAUUACUGGUAAUAAGUCUCCACCUCCGGACUACGGUACUGCUAUUUGUUUUCUUUUUUUCUUCUUCUCCAUGGACGUCUUUUUCGACAAAAGACGAUCCACAUUAGGGUCACUGGGAUUUUUAUCAUGGUUUGCAUUUGAACUGGCGGGGCUUACCAAAAUGCUUGUAGCAUUAGAUCUGGACAACGGAUGGCUGGCCAUUAUUUCUUUUCUUUUGGAGACGGUCUUUAGAAAUCUCCGGUGUAUUCUUUCUGUUUUCAUACUAUAUCGCCAUGGCCUGGGUCAUAACAAAGCAUUGAUUGCAACAGUCACCCUUGUCAUGUGGUAUAUAGGUUCUUUACUUGGGAACUGGAUUCCCAAUCGAACAACAAGCAGCAGGAAGUGUAACGUUGAACGUUCCACGAUAUAGAAGAUACAAAUCUAUGUCUGCUCAAUA